GUAGAAGGAGGCAGAAGGACGAGAGGACGAGCAGGAUCAGAACAGAAAACGUCUCUGCUGAACUUUGAGGGUGGGAAACGUUCUGCGUCGGGUUCUUCAUUCUGUGACGUGAGUCGUGUGACUGUGAUAUGCGGACGCUGAUGACGAUGAGGUUCAUGGAUGAGCUCAUGAAUGUGCAGGUGAAGCUGCUUCCCUGUAAUUUAUUUAAUUAGAUCGGACCUUUAUUUUAAAGGGAACUAAAUUUAAAAUACAUUUCAGUUUUUAAUGUCCAAAUUUGUACUUGAGUCUAAAACUAUUCAGACUUUUUGUGCUACAACCUAUAGUGUGUAUCUUUCAACCAGGUGAGCCAGAACCCAAAAUGAGCCCAACAGAACCUCCAAGGCUCUGGAGAAUCAUAGUCAUCAUUGACCUGCUAAUGGAGGGGUCACAUCUCUGAAUGUGUGUGUGCAGGCUUUAACUUUAACAAACAUGUUCACAGGAAAAAAUGAAAGUUUAGAUUUGAUCAAUUUUUGAAUGCAACCAUUUGCUCAACUGGACUUUGCUGAGAUUUGUUGGGUUUUCAUUUUUUUAUUGUUAAGUCUUAAACCUUAUAAACAUCCUUCACGUGAGUUGAUCAUAUAGACACCAACUGAGCUGACACAUCUGCUCAAUCUAUGGGGGUUAAGAUGAACCAAAAUGACGACCAACAUGAAAAGUACAAACAUGUAAACUAUAAACAGGUACGAGUCUGAUUCUGACCUGGACAAUAGAUUGUCUCAACAGGAAGACGAACUGAUGGAAGACGACCAGGAUGACAACAUCGCCAUGAAAACGCCUCAGUGUGUGUGGGCGUGUGUGUGUGAUUUUAGGGCUGUGGUUAGAAUUGAGUUUUGGUUCGGAUUAGAGCAAAGAUUAGACGUCUGCCUUUAGUUGUGAUGUUAGAGUGAGGGGCGAGGGAGGCAUUAUGUCAAUGGAGGUCCUCACUUUGAUGUAAGUACAAGAAUGUGUGUGUGCACGUGCGUGCGUGUGUGUGUGUGUGUGUGUGUGUGUGUGUGUGCAUGUGUGCGUGCAUGUGUGUGUAUGUGUGUGUACACGCGCGUGCGUGUAUGUGUGCGUGUACGUGUGUGUGUGUGUGUGUGUGCGCGCGUGUGUGUGUGCGUGUACGUGUGUGUGCGUGUGUGUGUGCGUGUACGCAUGUGCGUGUGUCAUGCAGCGCAGGUGAAGUCAGCUGGCAGCUGGUGGUGCCACGGUUCUGGUAGGACCUGCUUAACGUGUGUGUGGUGUCCAGGCGCUGGGAACCGGGUCAACGCGACAACUGGACCGGCCACAAGCUCGGCAGGACCGAAGACUGUGCCCACAUUCACUCGAGCGGGCGCCUCAAUGACCUGCACUGCUCCAUCAGAAUGAAAUAUAUAUGCCAGAAACACAGUGUGAAGGCUGAAGGCGGAGGAGUGUCUAUGUCCCCAUAAUAAACACACUGUUACAGGCAGAACGUCUGGAGGUCACAUGAUGUGUUCACAUCGUUCACGACAACAGGUUAUGCACAAUGAGGACGCGCUCAAGCACGCAGGCAAACACACACACACACACACACACACACACACACACACACACACACACACACACACACACACACACACACACACACACACACACACACACACACACACACGUCAGAACGUCUCAUGAUGUGUUCACAUGGUUUACGACCACCUUCACCUGUUCGAGUCAGUGCUGAGCACAGUCAGAUCCAGGUUCACACGUUAAUCUGCUUGUCCAUUUACUGAUCAGUUAAACUGAACAUUAACUCACAUCAAACUCUAAAUGCAUUUGUACCUUGUGUGUCUGAACAGAAGGAUGUGAUUUAACAGUAAAUACUCUUGUUAUUAUCUUCAUGAAGCUGUUCCACAGGUGUAAACACACAGAGCGGAGCUUCCCUUUGGUUUACAGCAGGUGGCAUCAGACGGAGGCCCAGUGACCACCGUGUUCUCAGAACCAUGGAGCCUCUGAGUGACCCGGUCACAGCAGCACGGGUCCAAAGUGCGUUUGGUGCAACGACCUCCGCUCAGUGUUUGGACAGGCAGUGUUUGUCAGUGGAGGGUCUGGGAGAGAAGAGAAGCACGAGAAAGAUGACGACAGAAUACCACGACGAGCCCGAGGACGACAGCAGCUCCUUCUGGAACAAAGAACCCACGUUCGCCGCUUUCUCUGGCGUCUCCAGGUUCAGACGAUGGCUCAUCCCUGCUCUGACGGCUUCACUGGUCCUGGUUCUGGUCAUAGCGCUGGGAGCCAGCAACGCCAGUUUGUCGAGGCGCCUGUGGUCUGUGGAGACCAUUGUCUCCAACCUGAGUGACUCUCUGAGCUCCAGCCAGCAGCUCAUUCAAGAUGCAGCUAAAGACGUGACCCGGCUGAAGUUUUCUGUGGAGACCAACAGGGAGCAGCUGAGCUCAGUGUCUGCAGCCCUCAAACAGCUCUCGGUUCUGGACACCGUCAGCCGGACCGUGGCGACGCUCAAGUGUUCCCUCGAACGCCUCAUGAAAAACGCUUCAGCGCCGGACGGCUGUUGUCCUCUGGGCUGGGAGCUGUCCGGGUCCAGCUGCUACCUGUACAGCAAGACGGCGCUGACGUGGCCCGAAGCCAGAGACUGGUGCAACGGACACGAGUCCCACCUGGUCAUCCUGCACAGCGACGAGGAGUGGGACUUUGUGACCCGUCACGCUAACGGCGUCUUCUUCUGGAUCGGCCUGUCUGAUGACAGAAUCGGGAAGUGGGAGUGGGUUAACCAGACGCCGUACGUGAUGAACCGGAGGAGGUGGAGACCGAACCAGCCCGAUAGCUGGACCGGCCACGGGAUGGGCCCCGGAGACGAAGACUGCGCCCACCUUCACAACGACGGACGCCUCAACGACCUGCACUGCUCCCCAGGCUGCGCUUCAUCUGCCAGAGACACAAGCAGAGCAGCUGAACAGAACCGGACCCAGCUGGUCCACAAACAGCUGGAGCUGCUGCCGCCGACCUUCAGUGUGACAUCAGAGGAGUGAGGAAGAAGAUGGAUGAAUGGUUUUACUUUAAAAAACAACAAUGAAAUAUCAGAGUGAGGAGAAUUAAACUAUUGUCUCUCUGUAAUAAUAA